AUGCGUGCCAUAUGCAUACCACAGUCUCGACUGACAGGUUGUCUGUCUUUGCAGGAGCUACGCGCUCACCAAUGUGUCCUGGCAGCAUGCAGCGAGUACUUCAAGCGGCUCUUCUGCGGUCCAGAAACCGCCAAACGCAUCGAAUUCCAGCAGCGUUGGCCAGUGGUGCAUCAGCUUGUACGCUGCAUGUACGGCGCAGAUAUAGAAGGAGGCACGGAUCCCGAAAUCAUCCUAGAGGUGUUGGCGGAGGCCAGGAACCUGGAAGUUAACUGUCUCAGUAUAGAUGAUUGUCUCUCCCUUAUUGUAGACCAACUCUCGGUUCAAAACUGCGCGCGUAUUUUGACGCACGAUGAAGUCGCCCACCACAAAGAACUCUCUCGACAAGUUUGCGGGUACAUUGUUAAACGUUUUGCCGACGUCGUUCGAGCGCCAUCUUCUCGGCAACAACUACUGCAGAUGCCGCGUAACCAAAUCGUGUACAUGGUUAGGGAACUCUGCAGGCGCUGCGACAACAACAGGGAUACAGAUCUGAUCGUCCGAUUUGUCGUCGAUUGGAGCUCAUUCGACACAGCAUGUGAUCUUUUGAGAGACUGCAAAUUGUGGGACUGGUCUAUUGAACCAGGAGCGCUGUCCAUUUUCCGUGAUGAAGAUACUCCGUUGGGAGCUGUUCCGUCCAAUUUGUUAAGCGCGGCUCAGUGGCGCAUAAGCAAUCUGAAGAUUGCUCUAAGAGAGUCACUGCCAGCCAAGUUCGUGUGUGGGACAUACUUUGAUUGGAGUGUUCGGCUGGAUGUUGGAGCUGAAAAUAAACUAAGGAUUGUCUACGAGUCAGCCGUUGACAGGACCCCCGGGCAGCCAGCGUGCAUCAAAAGGUUCCCUGCCGCUCUAUUCGCUUGGCAGGCAAUAUUUCGUGGGGAAGACGUGUUCCGUGAGCGCCCUGUUUUCAUUUGUUUUCCGGAGCACAUUGGGCUUCAUUGGUCGACUACUCUGCAUAUAUCGACGGCUGACGUAACGGAGGCUGACGAGCUAACGCUGAUGGUGCAGAUGACCGAGAUACCUUUGGUCUCCCUCAUUCUCUACUACUUUUCGUCAGACCUCCACCAAACGCUUGCCCACGAAGAUAUCCUUAACCGCCUACCCCAUAUUGAAUACCGUUGUUUGAGCUCUUAUACUCUUUUCCACCAAAAUGCUCCGGCGCUUUCUUCCGGCUGA